ACAGUUAAGCAGCAGUAUCCGGUCACCACAUUAAGCAAACAGAUGCCUAGGAGAGCCAGGGAGGAGACUCAGACUGCAGCCUUCUCCUAGGGCUGCCCCCUCUCUACCCACCAGCCCCCCAAUUCUUUUAUUCUUCCUCCCUAUCGCCCGCUCCCCGCAUUAUUUCCCUUCUCUCACGCACACACUGUUCCUCUCCCCCCCCCCCAUUGCACCUGCCAAUCGCCUAGCUACGCUUCCCCCGCCUGGGGCAGCCAAACUACGUCUCCCGUAGCGCUCCGCGAGAGGGGCGGAGAGCACGUGUUUCCUCCCGCUUCCUGCCGGGCCCUGCAGCCGAAUUCCCCUCGUGCGUUGGGGGCUGCGGGGCUGCGCAGCUGUUCCCGAGGGAGCCAGCUGCAGCCAUGCCGAUGAAGGGCCGGUUCCCCAUCCGCAGGACCCUGCAGUACCUGGCCCAGGGGGAGCUCGUCUUCAAGAGCGCGGUGAAGGUGAUGACUGUGAACUACAACACCAGGGGGGAGCUGAGCGAGGGGGCCAGGAAAUUUGUGUUUUUCAACAUCCCUCAGAUUCAGUACAAAAACCCCUGGGUCCAGAUCAUGAUGUUUAAGAACAUGACCCCUUCGCCCUUUCUCCGGUUCUAUUUAGACAGUGGUGAGCAAGUCUUGGUUGAUGUGGAAGAUAAAAGCAACAAAGAGAUAGUGGAGCACGUUAAAAAAAUCUUGGGUAAAAGCGAGGAAACACUACAAAAAGAGGAGCAAGAGAAAAAGAAGCUCUAUCAUCCUGCAACCUUUGGACCCAAAAAAUAUCACCUGCGUGAAUGUAUGUGUGAAAUUGAAGGCCAGAUUCCCUGCCCUGGUCUAGUACCGCUGCCUAAAGAGAUGACUGGCAAAUAUAAAGCUGCCAUGAAGGAAAACGCCACAUCCUGAUUUAACAGAUCAGGCAAUUCUGCUGAUGUUCAAAGUGCAGACAGACAUAGGAUACAAGGUGCUUCAGUAACUGAGGUAGACUUCAUAGCCUCUCCCCACACCCCAAAAAAACUGGUCCAUGUUAUUAGAUGAAAGUCCUUGUUUCACAAGAGGUCUUUUCGUAGAUAUGGUUGGACCCCUUAAUGUUGGUUACUCCGACAAGUGGAAGAAAAUAUUUUUAAAUAAAUCUUUUUAAAAUUUCA